CAGGGUGGAUUGUACUGAAGCGAGCUGGCUUUUGCUCUCAGCCCUGAGGGGCUGGGGUUAGAGGCGUUGAAAGGGAGCCAGGAGGCUUGGGCAGCUUCUUUCCUCGUGGUCACAGUACUUCCACUUUCAGUUGUGAAAGAAAAACCAGGAAGUGAAGUCUCCGAGCACGUUAGAAAGCCCGGCCAUGGCCUGACUGGGGACAGCUUAAAGCAGGGUGUCGGUGGAGGCACUCUGAGACUGCCUGUCUGCCUGCAUGGACACUCUGAGGGCCCCCAAUCUCUGGGGAAGCCACAGGUAAGAAGUGAGGGACGGGACUCCUGUGUCAGGAAGAAACGUGGAGCCGGAAACUCUCUUCGCUGGAAACACCAAGGCACUCGGCUCCCUCUCAGGGUCUGAGCUUCCUGCUACUAUUCACAAAGAUGCUUUUUAUCUUUAACUUCUUGUUUUCCCCACUUCCGACCCCGGCACUGGUCUGCCUGCUGACAUUUGGAGCUGCUGUCUUCCUGUGGUUAAUCAACAGACCUCAGCCAGUCUUGCCUCCCAUUGACCUGAACAAGCAGUCUGUGGGGAUUGAGGGAGGAGCGCGGAAAAGUUCUUUCCUGAAGAACGACCUGAUAGGGUGUUACUUCCCAGAUGCCAGGACGAUGUAUGAAAUUUUCCAGAGAGGACUUGCUGUGUCUGACAAUGGUCCCUGCUUGGGAUACAGAAAACCAAACCAACCCUACAGAUGGCUGUCCUACAAAGAGGUAUCUGAUCGAGCAGAGUACCUGGGUUCCUGUCUCUUACAUAAAGGAUGUAAGCCCUCGCCAGACCAGUUUAUUGGAAUUUUUGCUCAGAACAGGCCAGAGUGGGUCAUCUCUGAGUUUGCUUGUUACUCAUACUCCAUGGUAGUCGUCCCUCUGUAUGACACCUUGGGAGAAGAUGCCAUCACAUAUAUUGUCAAUAAGGCUGAUAUCUCCACCAUCAUCUGUGAUACACCACAAAAAGCAUUGGUCCUAAUAGAUAAUGUGGAAAAGGGCCUUACCCCACACCUGAAGCUGGUCAUUCUCAUGGAUCCCUUCAAUGAUGACCUGAAGGAAAGAGGAGAGAAGUGUGGACUUGAGGUCUUAUCCCUCUUGGAUGCUGAGAAUCUAGGCAAAGAGAACUACAGAAAACCUGUGCCUCCAAACCCGGAAGACCUGAGCAUCAUCUGUUUCACCAGUGGGACCACAGGUGACCCCAAAGGAGCUAUGUUAACACAUAAAAACAUUGCUUCAAAUGUUACUGGAUUUCUCAAAAGUCUUGAGCAUAUUUUCCAGCCCACCUGUAAGGAUGUGACCAUAUCCUACCUUCCCUUAGCGCACAUGUUUGAAAGAAUUGUGCAGGCUGUCGUGUUUUCCUGCGGAGCCAGGGUGGGGUUCUUUCAAGGAGAUAUUCGGUUGCUGUCUGAUGAUAUGAAGACUCUAAAGCCCACAGUUUUCCCCACAGUGCCUCGCCUGGUUAACAAGAUCUACGAUAAGGUACAAAGUGAAGCCAACACACCCUUGAAGAAGUUCUUGCUGAACAUAGCUGUUCUCAGUAAAUUCAGCGAAGUGAAAAAUGGGAUCAUCAGGCGUGACAGUCUGUGGGAUAAGCUCAUUUUUUCGAAGCUCCAGAAUAGCCUGGGCGGGAGGAUUCACUUCGUGAUCACUUCAGCUGCCCCCAUCUCCCUUCCAGUCUUGACAUUCUUCCGGGCAGCAAUGGGAUGUGUGGUGAUUGAAGCUUAUGGUCAAACAGAAUGCUCAGGUGGCUGUACAAUUACAUCUCCUGGGGACUGGACCUCGGGUCAUGUCGGAGCUCCCAUGUGUUGCAGUUAUGUGAAGCUGGAAGAUGUACCUGACAUGAACUACUUUGCAGCGAACAACGAAGGGGAGAUCUGUGUCAAGGGUCUCAGUGUGUUCCAAGGAUAUCUGAAAGAGCCCAAAAAGACACAGGAAGUCCUGGACAAGGAUGGCUGGUUGCACACUGGAGACAUUGGUUGCUGGCUUCCAAAUGGAACUCUGAAGAUCAUUGACCGGAAAAAGAACAUUUUCAAGCUGGCACAAGGAGAGUACAUUGCUCCGGAGAAGAUAGAAAACAUCUACACCAGGAGUGGUCCAGUGUCACAAAUUUUUAUUUAUGGGGAGAGCUUACGGUCAUCCUUAGUCGGAGUGGUGGUUCCUGACCCAGACGUGCUUCCUUCAUUUGCAGCCAAACUAGGGGUUAAGGGAUCUCUUGAAGAACUGUGCCAAUCCAAAGUUGUAAAAGAAGCCAUUUUAGAAGACUUACAAAAAAUUGGGAAAGAAAAUGGCCUUAAAUCCUUUGAACAGGUCAGAAACAUUUUUCUUCACCCAGAAGCAUUUUCCAUUGAAAAUGGACUGCUGACACCAACACUGAAAGCAAAACGAGGAGAUCUCAUCAAAUACUUCCGGGCCCAGAUUGACCGCCUCUAUGACAGUAUCCAGGAAUAGGUUUGCUGAACUGGAAGCUGUGGGCAAGGAGUUGAAACUUAUGUCCAGUUACUUUUUCCAGUAAAUGAAGCAAGUACUGAAUAAAACCUCCCUGCACUAGGAACAAAGAUCUGGGGCAAACAUGCUGUCCAUACUACACCUUAUCUUCUGUGAAGGAACCAACUGAUUUUUUCCACUGGAUUCCAGCUACCACUGUGCCUUACUGCCAGAUAAUACAUGUUGCUUCUACCCGUACAUGUAAAACCCUUAAAUAA